AUGCCGCAAAACUCACACAGACUUACAGAAAACACUUUUUUGUUGGACCCGAAGACACACACACACACAUUCUUGCCAUGGCCCACAAAGGCUUGCUGUUUUCUGAUUGCUGUGCUCGGCUUUCUGUUGGCGCAUCUGGAAGGGGACCCGAAAGGUGGAUACAGCAAUGCUCCAACAUCGCACUUGCACGAGUGUGCCGACUCGGCGGAUCUUCUCUUCUCAGAUCUCUUUUCGGAUGGCACGGGCCUUGGACCUUUGGAGCCUUUGUGGCGGCUCUUCACCUUCGAGGGGGCGCUAUGGACCUUGCUGACCGGUUGGGAUCCGCGAGACCAUGCCUCUUCCCUGGGCCUUCAUGGAAUGCUGGAAGCCUUGGGCAGCUUGGGCGCCACAAUCCUAGGAUUAUUCGCUCAUGCUGCUGCUGCAUUCCUGAAGUUCGGUGGACGGAAGGGCUCGAAGGUGCCCAAGGACCAGGAGAAGUCCAGUUCUGCUCAUGAGAAGAUCCAGAUGACCUUUUUGCAAGAGGCACAUGCCUACUGGGGCUAUGUCAGACUCUUCGUCUUGGGUCUCAUCCGUGAGUAUGUGGUGCGUGCCUGUGCGGUGAUCGUAAGGGACGAGAUGUCGCUGCGUUAUGUUCAUCGAGAAAAGUGGAGCGUUGGCUGGACAGAUUUCUACCUCCAGCACAUGUACAAGUUGUAUGUGGAUUGCUUCGCCCGGCCCAUCUCUUCUGCCCCAGAUUCCACAGUGGAGGUGGUGGUGCGAGAGCGCGCCGGUGGAGAUCUCUUUGGUCCAAUCAACGAUCUGAAGUUGACGGAGAAGCGAAGGAUGUGUGUGAACCUCUCGAGCUACAACUAUUUGGGGUUCGGUGGUGUGGACGAGUUUUGCACGCCAGCCGCUCGAAGGGCGGUGAGGGAGCUUGGCUGGUCAAGCUGCGGAACCCGUACUGAAGGCGGAACCAAGGAGAUCCACCGAGAGUUGGAGCGAGAAGUUGCCAAAUAUCUGAGCAAAGAGGAUGCUUUGGUGCUUGGCAUGGGCUUUGCAACAAACUCCACUAUUCUGCCGGCUCUGUUUGAGGCGAAGGCCGGAGGUGGCGGGAUUUUAGUGCUCAGCGAUGAGUUGAACCAUCGAUCCAUCGUAGAAGGUGUCCGGCUCUCUGGCGCCACAGUGCGGGCCUUUUCGCACAACAGCAUGACUGCUUUGGAAAAGGAAUUGCAGCGUGCCAUUGAGCAAGGGCCCUGCUGGCAGGUUUGGAUGUUCAGGUUGAAGACAGAGAACUUACGGAACAGGCCAUGGCGCAAGAUCUUCGUCGUGGUUGAGGGCAUCUAUUCCAUGGAGGGUGACUUCUGCCGAUUGCGUGAGAUUGUCACCUUGAAGAACAAGUACGGCGCCUAUCUCUACUUGGAUGAGGCCCACUCCAUUGGCGCGGUUGGACAGAGUGGUCGUGGUGUCACCGAGCUCUUAGGAGUUCCAACCAAAGAGGUGGACGUCAUGAUGGGCACCUUCACCAAGUCCUUCGGCAGCGUCUCUGGGCUAACUCGACACCCGGAGGCUGGUGGCUACGUGGCAGCCUCCAAAGAGGUCAUCGCCCAGCUUCGGCGUGUGGCGCCGGGCAGCGUUUUUGCUGGCGCGAUGGCGCCCCCAUGUGCUGCUCAGGCGCUACAGGCUCUGCGUGUGAUUUCGGGUGAAGAGGGCGGUGAUACAGGGGCCAGAAAACUGGCUGCGAUCAGAGAAAACUCCAACUAUUUCAGAGAUGAGCUCAGUCGCAGGGGUUUCAAGGUCCUUGGAGAUGUUGAUUCGCCCAUUGUGCCCGUCAUGUUGCACCACCCAUGGAAGCUGGCUGCCUUCUCCCGUCGAUGCUUGGAUCGCGGCAUCGCCGUGGUGGUGGUCGGCAAUCCAGCUGUUCCUAUCUUGUACGAGCGGGUGCGGUUCUGCAUCUCUGCCGCACAUACCAUUCCCCAACUCGCAGAGGCCAUUACAGAGAUCACCGCUGUGGGGCAGGAGCUUGGGGUGCUCUAUGAAACUGGAAAGCCCACCGCAGAGUUGGAGGCUCUAGCAGAAAUGGACCGCACCUAUGCCGACUGGCUGCGGAAUGCGCCUUUGAUGCCCCGGAGCGAAACGAAAGCCUUGUCGUGGAGCCCCGAGCCCUUGUGCCCACCGGCCCCGGCGGAGCAGAGUUUCUUGGCCUCGCUGGAAAGUGCCUGUGCCACUGCGGAGCAGGUUCCAACUAGCCAUGACUUUCGCCUGAUGGAUCCCCUUGGCUACGCGGCCUCACCCUUGGAAGCAGCCCUGGUCGCCACUGAGCAGACCAUGGACCACUAUGGCUUUGGUGCCUGUGGGCCGCGUGGCUUCUAUGGCGGCUCUCUGCCUCACUUGGAGGUGGAGGCAGCUUUAGCAGAGUUCCUGGGCAUGGAGGCAGCCAUCACGUAUUCUGCGGGUGUCACCACUGUGUCCAGCGUCAUUCCAGCGUUGGUGCAAACUGGUGACAGGGUCAUCGUGGAUUCUGAGGUGCACCUGGGCUUCCGUACUGGUCUGAGGCUCUGCAAAGCGGAGGUGACUUGGGUACCCCACUACGACCUCUCAGCUGUGGAGGCCGCAUUGCAAGCAGGUGCUCAAAAGGCCGGGGACAAGAAGGAAGCCAGGAGAACCUUCAUCAUGAUGGAGGCAGGCCAACGUACUGGCCGUGUGGCGCCACUGCAACAGCUUGUGGCGCUGAAGGAGAAGUAUGGUGCAGUGCUGGUGUUGGAUGAGAGCCUCUCCUUUGGCGUCUUGGGAGACAAAGGUCUUGGCCUGUGCGAGAUGGCCAAGGUCUCCCCCAGCAAGGUGGAUGCCAUCAUGGGUUCCCUGGAGUUGGCCGUGGCUGGUGUGGGGGGCUUUUGCGCUGGACGUCACUUGACCGCAGCUGUUGUUUUGCAGCCUUUUAAACUCAGGGGUCCAUGGUCACUGGUCACUGGUGGCCAUUGGUGA